CAGUUGGGUUCGUUUAUAAAGCAUCUCUUAGUUCAACUGCGAAGCACCAUUGAACUCACUUACAGGGAGUUCCACCUCACUUCAAGCAAAAGCACAAGAGUCGACGCAAAAACGAUGACGUCUAACCAAACCUUUCUCGUCACCGGCGCCAACGGCUACAUUGGCACCCAUAUCGUCAGCUAUGCUCUUGAAAGGGGCUAUAAUGUCCGCGCAACAGCCCGUUCAGAGCCCUCCCUUGCCAAUCUCCGCGCCCUCUUCCCCAACUCCGCGGACCGCCUCUCCUUCGCCAUCGUCCCGGACAUCACGGAGCACGAAUCUUACAAGGACGCCCUCGCCGGCGUCACAGGCAUCAUCCACGCCGCGUCUCCCUUCAUCCUGAACCCCAAGAGCAACGAGACAGACCUCCUACGGCCAGCCAUCAACGGCUCCGUCGCCAUCCUCGAGGCCGCGAGGCAGUACGGCCCCGACGUGAAGCGCAUCGUCAACGUCUCGUCUUUUGCUUCCAUCGUCGACAUUUCUCAGGGCUACCGCCCGGGGUACACGUACACGGAGAAGGACUGGAACCCGAUGAGUUACGAAGAGGCGUGCAAGACGGACAGCGGCGCCGCGGCGUACUGCGCCUCCAAGGCUCUCGCUGAGAAGGCCAUGUGGCGCUGGAUGAGCGAGAACCAAGCCGUGGCGUUCACGCUGGCUAACGUCUGUCCGUCCUGGGUGUUCGGGCCUUACCUCGGCACGCCCGACCUCGACCGCCUGAGCGAGUCGAUGGGUUUGCUCUGGAAGCUGGUCGACGCGAAGGAGGUCCCGCCGACCGACUUUGGCGGCUGCGCCGAUGUCCGGGACGUCGCGCGGGCGCUGAUCGGCGCGGUGGAGACGCCGGCGGCCGGCGGCGAACGGUUCCUCGUCGGCGGCGGCUUCGACUGGCAGACUGCGGCCGAUGUCAUCCGCGAGGAGGUACCCGAGGUUAAGAGCAGGGUUCCUGAGGGACGACCGGGAUACGGCAAGACGGAGGAGCGGUACUCCGUCGACGGGGGCAAGGCCGAGCGGAUUCUGGGGCUGGAAUACACGCCCCUGAGCCCCACAUUGGGCGACUCUAUCCGGCAGCUGUUGGAGGUCGAAAAGGCAUCCAAGUCUUCUUGAGAUGAAGACAGGCUUCUCAGUUUGGCAAGUUCCGUUUUUCUCGGUUCCUAGUUCUCGCAGCAAGGAGUUUGUGUAGAGGUAACGAAAUCAUCAUAUAGACUGUAAUUUCAACAGCCCUCUCGGCCAUAUAAUCUCAAGUCCGCUCCCACCUUGGUGUAGCGUCUUUGCCAGAAAAG